AAUCUACCUAGUUCCUUGCGAUUAUCGUUUUGUUAAAGAGAUUUCAGGGAUCUACAUCGCUGUUUAUCAUUUAAUUUUUUCAUAAAAUUAAUGUUAUAAAUAUAUUAAAUUUGAAUAUUUUUCUGAAAACAAAAAAAUUUUGAUCUUUCCAGAUUGUACUUCUUGCCUCAAUAUUUGAAGGCUGGAUAUAAUUAUUAAAGCGGCAACACUGCUCAUUAUCACACUGAAGCAUUUCAGCAUCCACCAUUUAUUAGAGAUGACAGCAUCAUCACCAUCAGCAGCAGCAACAACAACAACAACAACUACUACAACAUCAACAUCACCAUAAUGUACCCGUUCAUGGCGAUGAGAGAUAUGCGAUAAAAAGGAAAUUAAUUAAAGGACAUAUAAGUCAAAAGACACAUUCAACCGAGCCUCCGAACAACCUCCCACCGUCUGUUGCAAAGAAAACUUUUGUUUCCGCCUACUUUGGAGGUUAUGUGAUCAACUUUCGCUUUACCACCCUCCCUACCCCACCCAAGCCUACCAUGAAUAUGUGGCCACUUUCUUUAUUAUGGCUUACAAAGAUGCUGCCUAUGGGUAAAUGGAAGUAGUAUUCACAGCUUCAGCGUAUCAUUAAAGCAGCUCCGAGGACAAAUAAGAACAAAAAGGCCAAAAGCCUUUGCUAUAUAGGCCAAGAAAGUCAGUUCAUAUCCAUCAACACCAUCGCCGUCAUCAUCAUCAUCAUCAUUGUACGUCGUCAUCAUGUACGGUCUCCUGCUGGAAAAUCUAUCGGAAUAUAUAAAAUCAGUGUAUGGCGAAGAAAAAUGGGAGGAUAUACGCCGCCAGGCGGGGGUUGAUUCGCCUUCGUUUAGUGUACAUCAAGUUUAUCCCGAGAAUUUGUUAAACAAAUUGGCUAAGAAAGCGCAAACGGUUCUUGGAGUUUCCGAACGCGAAUUCAUGGAUCAAAUGGGUGUUUAUUUUGUCAGUUUUGUUGGUCAAUAUGGCUAUGAUCGUGUUCUCUCAGUUUUGGGUAGACAUAUGCGAGAUUUUCUCAAUGGUUUGGAUAAUCUCCAUGAAUACCUAAAAUUCUCAUAUCCACGUAUGCGGGCACCAUCUUUUAUUUGCGAAAACGAAACCAAACAAGGUCUUACCCUGCAUUAUCGUUCCAAACGUCGUGGCUUUGUCUACUACACCAUGGGCCAGAUAAGAGAGGUGGCCCGUUACUUUUAUCACAAGGAAAUGCACAUUGAACUGGUGCGCGAAGAGAUACUUUUCGAUACGGUGCAUGUGACGUUCCAGUUGACAUUCGAUAAUCGAGCCUUUACCCUAGCCUCGCUGGCCAUGACACGCGAGGAGAAACAUUUGCCAAUUAGUGCCCAUGUGUUAUUCGAGAUUUUUCCAUUUUGCAUUGUUUUCGGUGCUGAUAUGGUGGUACGCAGCAUUGGCAACUCUUUAAUGGUCAUAUUACCGGAAUUGCUGGGCAAAAAAAUCACAGCAUGGUUCGAUUUAGUGCGUCCAUUGAUUGCCUUUAAAUUUCAAACGAUUUUAAAUCGUACCAAUAACAUAUUCGAAUUGGUAACGGUGGAUCCAGUGACAGACCGUCAAGAAUCUCAAAAAACCGGAGAAGUAGUUGUGCAUGAGGAUGGUUCAGAGCCGGAGAAAUCAUUGCGGUUGAAAGGUCAAAUGGUUUACAUGGACAAUUGGCGUAUGAUUAUGUUUUUGGGUACACCGGUAAUGCCUGAUCUAAAUUCGCUGAUAACGACGGGUCUCUAUAUCAAUGAUUUGUCCAUGCAUGACUUCAGCAGGGAUCUUAUGUUGGCUGGUACCCAACAAUCAGUUGAACUCAAAUUAGCCUUGGAUCAGGAGCAGCAAAAAUCCAAAAAACUUGAAGAGUCCAUGAGAAAACUAGAUGAAGAAAUGAGACGCACCGAUGAGUUGCUAUAUCAGAUGAUACCUAAACAAGUGGCCGAUCGUCUGAGAAGAGGUGAAAAUCCCAUAGAUACCUGCGAAAUGUUUGAUUGUGUUUCCAUAUUAUUUUCGGAUGUUGUUACCUUUACGGAAAUCUGCAGCCGCAUUACACCCAUGGAAGUUGUGUCUAUGCUUAAUGCCAUGUAUUCCAUAUUUGAUACUCUCACCGAGCGCAAUACCGUUUACAAAGUGGAGACAAUAGGCGAUGCCUAUAUGGUGGUGGCCGGUGCCCCUGAGAAGGAUCCCAAUCAUGCCGAGAAGGUAUGCGAUAUGGCCUUAGAUAUGGUGGAUGCCAUUAAAGAUUUGAAAGAUCCUUCAACGGGUCAACAUUUACGUAUACGAGUUGGAGUACACUCAGGUGCUGUGGUGGCAGGUAUUGUGGGUCUGAAAAUGCCCCGCUAUUGUCUGUUUGGAGAUUCAGUCAACACAGCCUCUCGCAUGGAAUCCACCAGUGCUGCCAUGAAGGUACAUGUUUCCGAGUCUACCAAAGAGUUCCUCGGUCCCAAUUAUCGUAUGACCGAAAGAGGAGAAAUCGAGGUGAAAGGUAAGGGUACCAUGAAAACCUAUUGGUUGGAUGAGCGAGAAAAUCGCAAGCCUCUGCAGCUGUCACCGGCACAAUUGCUGCCGGUAUCGGCCUUUGUUCCACCGCCCACAACACCGGCUAUGAUAAAACCUCUAUCGGCUAAGGCCAUUAUGCCAGCUCCUAGUGCUAUGUCCACCACCAAGGAGCGUCCUGUAGUGUCUGUUACGGCAGCCAAAGUUCCUAGUCCCGUGGGAGAAGCGGAUGCCAGCGGUGGAGAAGAUCGUAGUCGUAUUUAUUCCCCCGUAACCUUCAAAGAUGUGGCUCGCCGCAGCAUAGCCAAUUCACCGGUGCGUAGUCUUUAUGGCAGCGCUUCGGGGGGCUCUGGAGAAAAAGGCCGCGAAUCUCGUUCUAAUUCUACGGGCCAUGUCUUUAUGCGCUCUCCUAGCGAUGUAUUCGGCUCCUUGAUCCUAGACACUGAAGAGUUUUUGGAAGACUUACAAAUGUCUCGCAGCUCAUUGGCCAACAGUUCGCAAUGUCCCUGCAGUCCUAUACCACCAUUUCGCAUAGGCAGUGCCCCUCCCAAGCCACGUCCCAGUAAUCCUGAUCAAUUUACUCCCGAAGAAUUGGCUGCCAUGGAACAGGCCACACCACCCUCAACAGCACCGGCAAGAGAAACCUAUCAUAUGAAAAAUUCUUCUUCGACUUCCAGUUUAGCUGCAGAUAAACCAAUUAAAGUUAGUUUAACUAAUCAAACGUCCACGGCUCCCAGGACAACGAAAGAGUUGAAAGGCAACAGCAAAACAACUGUCUCUAUGUCUACGGCAUCGGGGGCUAAACCCAAAAAUGCAACAUUUACUGGUAGCCGCACAACAUCCAAAGAAUCCAUAUCAAUGAGCUCCCCUCCACCCAUACGCUCCAUGUCGGCACCAUUGCCAAUGUCAAAGGCAGCACGCAAAGCUUUCCUGGCCGCCAAACAAACGAAAGCCUUAGAGAAAUUAGACAAAAUGAUUGAAGAGGUGCAAGAGAAUGAGGCGCAAAUGAAGGGCUCUCAAAGUACACGACUAAAUGAGGUAUUUGGUGAUCGUGUGGCACCACAGGGUGGCAAUAGUUCUCUAAUGGAUAUGGGAGGGGGAGGUUGCCCUCUGUUUUUACCACCACCACCCAGACAUAUGGCCAAUUCAAUAUCGGACUCUAAUAUAUGUAGUCAUGGUCACAGUCAUGGCCAUGCUCCCACCAUACAUCAUGCACCAUGCCAUCAUGUCCACGAGCCCUCCUCAACGAAAUUGACCACAAGUCACAGUUUUAGUCAUGCUCGCCAUUCGGCUGCCAUUCAUCCUUGCUGUACGGGUGCAGCCUAUGCUGGCCACUCUGGCAAUGGACGUCAUUCACAUCGCAUGCACUCAAAUGCCUGUCAAAUACUCUAAAUGAAACGCGGCACAUACAUAAGCAGCUUUCUUUUUCAAAUCAAAGGACAAAUGAUAGAUGGCACCACAAAAACACACGCACACAUACUCACAAACACAAUUACUCACUCUCUCACACACACACACACAAGCGCAAAAGAAAAGCAAUGGUUUUCACUAGACAAACAAAAGUGGCUUUAGGUAAAACAAAACAAAAAAUUAACACUCUCUCUUGAAAGUUAUAAAUCAAAGGAUAUUUUAAGGAUAUUAUACGAACGCUUUAAGUAUUUUAGGAUUUGUCUGUAUGUAUGUAUGUAUUUAAAAGCUAGCAUAAAAGUUAAGUCAAAUUACUACAGAAAAAACCAAGCAGAAAACCACCAAAACCUUUUAAAUCACAUAAAGUUAGUACUUCUAUUUGUACUACCUUCAAACACGUGUACCUUUAGAACACUGAAAUGUCACAAAUGAUAACUGGAUGUACUGCAUUAGGUAAUGGUGUAGCUAUUAGAGGGCAUCGGCGGUAAUACCAACUUAACACUUGCGGAAUUUAUCAGCCACCUCGGUACAUAUAACGUCAAGUUCCCCCAUUUUCCAUUUUACUUCCUCCUUCAUGGAGCCAGAUUGGGGUUGAGAUCUUUCGACUCAAUUAGAAAGGUGAGGAACCGCCCAACAGUACUGCAAUGGACUGAGAGCGGUAUCACAAAGCUUAUGCAAUGUAAUUAUUAAAGCCGUUAUAAUACGAAGAAUGACUUUUGAUAAGAAUUUUUAGUUAAUAGCCGACAAACUGGCAAAACCACUUACUUUUCGUCACUUCGUUCGCCAACUUAAAGAAAUCUGAUGAUUGCUAUGGCAGUAAAAGCCGAAACAGAAUGAGCGCUUUGGACUCAAAACAUUUAGAAAAAGCUUAAAAAAUUUCAACUUUGACGCUUGAAAGCGACCGUCAUUGUUGUUACUUUCGGAAUCGGAAAACAAAUAACUUUAAAUGCAAAUAUAUCCACAAAACAUGUAACCGCCAAUCAUGACUUAGCAACGUUUCAUUCAUAAAGUAGUCUUCUUGACCCAUUUACUCUAUUUGAAUACAAACAAGUAAAUAUUCAGCAUCUCUGAUAUGUAUUUUAACCACAUUUUCACUAAAUCUUCUGAAAAUUUACCAUUUAUGAACCAGAAGCAGCUACGAGUUUCUCGAAAUAUGGUCAGAUCUAGACCAAGCCCAGUACGGAUGUCGUGGCGUCCCACGCAAUUCACUUUACAAAAUUUCAUCAAAAUUAUGUAAAAAAAGGCCUUAUAUGGGUUCAAAACAAUAAAUUGGGAGAUAAGUUCAAUACGCUUCACUUGGAGACCUUAGGUCCAUUGUGCUGACAACUGUCCAUUAGGUCCAAAAAAAAUUAAAAAAUUUUUUGGCAGUCGAUCCUGUCAGCCAAUUAAGGCCUGUAGGGAAUCCAGGCUCGGAAAGAGGUGUUCACCCAUUAUCCUCGUCAUCGUACAUUCUCUAGAAGUCUGCCUCUCCUGGCCUGAUGUUGCAAUGACCAAUCAGGACUCCCGUUAGCAGUCAUAUGACCUGCUUUCUCAGCCCCAAGAUAAACGACGUUCUGUUUUGCGAAAUAUUCGCCCACAGGGCCUUUGAAACCCUAUAACCUGCAGCACUAGACUACGCCUUGUUCGCGCAACCAUCGUAGAAGGCCUCCACUCUACCAAGAAUCUCGCACAGUGGAGAUCUCACUACUUCCAUAGCAAAAUCUGUGUCAAUCAGCGACCGAUUCCUGAACAGGCCGUCUUCCACUUCAUUCCCCGCCGCACCUUGAUGGCCUGGGACCCAGCAAAGUCUUUUUGCCUUUCCCAUGAUUCGAAGAAGCCUCAUCAUUUUCUAACCAGUUUCGAACUCACGCGGCCCAACGACAGAGCCAUCAGCGACGCCUGACUGUCCUUGUAUAUAGUGAUGGUUUGAUCGGGCCGCCGCUCCAGCAACAACAUCGUCUACAGUGCCUUCAGAUUCGCGAAGAUUUCCGCCUGAAAGACGCUGCACGCAUAAAGAAGUCUUUAAUUAUUCCUGAUUCUGCCGAUUUAGACCCUUCUGUGUCCGCAGAGGGUCCCGGGAAGGGCGGGAUUGCUUUUCGAGAAAAUGACUUCCAAACAAGGAUUGACUCCACCGCCGUAUGGCACCACGCGCCAACACCAUCCCCCUGUCGAACAGAAGUAUGGCUUUAGUUAGAGGAGCGCCAUGUACCUGACUCCCUCAGUCUGAUGGCCAUCUUUGUUGCCACAAACCCAACAUAUAGGUGUAAAGGCAUAAGAUCAAUAAUGGCUUCGUUCCAGAGAUUAGCAGUCGCCUUUUGACCCUUUCUUCGACUUUUCUUCUCCAGCUUAGUUUCCGGUCAAGCAUCACAUCCAAGUACUUGACCUCCGAAGAGAGCGGUAGCUCCACCCCAUCCAGGACAGAUCCUUAAAGAAAACCAGCUUCUUUCUUUCGGCCAUCCCGACAGGGAGUUUUGCUCCCUGAACGAGGUCCAUAAUAGUAUAGAGGAAACGGCCAACCACGAUGAUGACGACGUUGUCCGCUUAGGCAACGCCCUUCACUCUCUCCCUCUCGAAAGAUAUCAGAAUCCAAUUGAUCGCCAAAAGCCACAAUAGAGGAGAUAAAACUCCUCCUUGCAGAGUUCCUCUGGUCACAAUCUUCCUUAUCGAGCUAUCUGCUAGUGAUGCGUUGAUAAUCUGGUCAUUCAGCAUCGCAUUAACUCAAUUUACCAUAAGAGGGGCACCUUCAUGCCCACCAUGUAUGGACUCCAACUUUACUUUAUUAAAAGGCAUAGAAGAAGGCCGCAAAAGUGAAGUUGUCCCCCCAGUCUUGCAGUGUAAGAAGGAGAUUAAUGACUUCUCUGAGGAUGGCAAAAUCCGCAUCGUAUGGGUGCCGGGCCAUAACGGAGUAAGGGAAAAUG